AUGGCUCGGCAGAAUGGUUUCCAAAAGAAUAAAAAACUUGAUUAUUCAAAAAAGAAACUGAAAACGAUCCCUUCAGAAGUCUUGGAAGAUACAGACAUUUCCAUUCUCGACCUAGACCGGAACAGACUUAAGGAUACUCUGGGCAUCUCAACGCUGACAAAUCUCAGGGAGCUCAUUCUGUCUCGGAACGAACUUCUUGACUUCCCUCUUGAGAUUAAACAGCUUUUCCACUUGGAGAAGCUUUAUUUGAACCAGAAUAAGAUCCAAAAUAUCCCAGAGGGAAUAUUCUCCCAGCUUCAGAAGCUGGAGUUGCUGAAGUUGAGCACCAACCGUCUUAGUAAACUCCCGUCUGACAUCAGCUGCUGCAAGAACCUGCAGCACCUUGGCCUCUCGCACAACUACCUGAAAGAGCUGAAUGAGGCUGUGGCCGACCUUCCCAAGCUCAAGGAGCUGUUUGUGGACAACAAUAGGCUCUCAGAGCUCCCAGCCAGGCUCUUUGAGAACAAGAACCUCACAACUUUCCGAGCGGCAGCUAACCGCCUCAGGGAGCCGCCUGACGAGGUGUGUGCCGGGGGCCUGAAGCAGAUCAGGCGCUACUUCAGCCAGCUGAGCAGCUCGCAAGCUGAUUACAUCCACAGAGUGAAGACAAUGUUCCUGGGCUCCUCGAUGGCAGGCAAGUCUACCCUGUGCCGCAGCCUACAGGAAGGGAAGGUGGUGACAGUGAGUGUGGCGGACAGGACAGUGGGGAUUGAAAUCAGUGAGGUGCAGAAAGAGGACUUCAGCUUCCUCUUCUGGGACUUUGCAGGCCAGGAAGAGUACUACCUCACUCAUCAUGUCUUCAUCACCCCUCAGGCCCUGGUCAUUCUGGUCAUCAAUCUGAAGAGCUAUAGUAUUGGUGAUCCUCAGUCCUUCAAAGAGGAAGUAAGCUUCUGGAUUAAUAAUGUGCUGAUGAGGGUUCCAGACUCUGUUGUUCUCCCUGUGGGGACUCACAUUGACAAGUGUGAGAACUCGGAAGAGAUCAAAGAGAAGAAAGCAGAUAUAGAGAUCAAUAUUAAAAAAAUGCUGGAUGAGAGGGAAGCCCGGUUAGAGCAAAGGAGAAAAAACAUCAGGGAGAAAAUGGAGCCAGCCCUCUUUUCUGAUCAGACGUGCAGACUUGAUCAAGUGACUGGCUACAACUUAAAGGUUCUUGACUUCAUAGCAAUUGAUGGCACAAAUCAGGCAGAUAUUGAAUAUCUCCAAGCACAGAUUUUGGAAUGUGUGCAGAAUAAAGACCUUUUCCCGAAUAUAGAGAAAAAGCUGCCUCGUGUCUACCAAACUGUGGAGUCUUCAAUCAGGGAUCUUCUGAAAGAUCACAAAGUUCCUGACCAUGGAAUUGUAUCUCUUAAUGCACUCUUAAGUGACAUUAACUGUAAGCUGACGAAGAUUGAUAAAGAUGAUCUUAAGGAUAUAUUACGUUACCUUCAUCGCAUAGGUAUCAUAAUGUGGUAUGAAGACAUUCCAGCUCUCAUAGAUACAGUCUUUGUCAAACCCUCAUUCCUCAUCGCUUUGUUCAAGACAAUUGUCCGUCAUGACCUGGAGAAUCAGCUGAAGAAGAUACCCAAGGAUCUGCUGAUGAGUGAGAAUGCCCUGGUGAAGCACAGGAGGAAGUGGGUGGAAGACUUCCACAGGAAUGCCACCUUGCACAACACUGCCAUGAGGCUGCUGGUGAAGAUGUCUCUCCUGAAAGAGAACUCUCCUGAGGAUGAGGACUUUAUGGAAGAGAUCGCUGGGACCAAGCAGGAAGGUGGCAAGCUUCUCCGUCUUUUGAAGCACUUUGAAAUCUGCCUCGCCACAAAACUCUCUAAUCCGCUUAACCCAGAUGCCAUGGAGUUCAGCCCAGACAGUCUGUGGAAGAUGCCUCAGUCUGCCAUCCCAAAUGAUGCCUGUAUGUUCCCAAGUUACCUAAAAAAUAAUGACCUUGUGUCACAGAAAUGGGGUGAAGAUAAAGUGGAUGAUAUCAACAUCCACAUCUACCUUCUACCAGAAAUCCCCCAGGGUCUAUUCCACAGGCUCAUUAUUAAGGUAUGCUCUUUGUAUGCACCUCACUGGGUGGGAAGGGAAAAGUGCUUGGUCAUCUCCAAUGCCAAAUGCCUACUUCUUAAAGAAAACCAUGAAGAAGACGACCAGUUUAUUGAAAUCCGUUGCAGAAGGCCUCAGAAGAGAGAAUUCCAGACAACCUGGGACAUGAUUCUGGCUAUCAUGUGUAAGAUGGCUAAACUGGAGGAGCAGUGGCCUGGCCUGUGUCGGACUGUGUGCAGUCCAUGUACAGUCAAUGGCUGUUCUGCCGAUUUCGACUGGCCUGAUAAGAAUGAAUCAGAAAGCUUUUAUGACAUGGUAAAACAGGAUAUGGUGACUUGUGACAAUGGCCACACACAGAGGACUGAAUUCCUGUUUCCGAAAGUGCCAGUUGUAUCACUGUUGGAAGAUGGGAAUCCACAAAGUAUAAUCUACAAUAUGGCAGGGAAUAUUGCGAUGGGACCAACAAAUAUGACUGUGGGAAAUCAGAUAUUUGAUUCUUCUGACAUCCUUGAAGACAUUAAAAAAUAGAAUGUGUUUUUAAAUAAAACCUAGAGUUUAGGUGUUAUUAUUUUAACAUUGUGACAUUAAUGUCCUAAAAUGUAGUCCAAAUAAUAAUGGAAGGAAUGGACAUUUUAGAUGUUUGGGAUUUAAUUGGCUCCGGUUUCCUCCCGCAAUCCAAAACAUGCUAGUAGGUUAAUUAGCUUCAGGGAAAAUUGGCCCUGGUGAGUGUGUGCCUGUGUGUCUUGUGAUAGACUGACUUCCCAUCUAAGUUGUACUCUGCCUUGCACUAAGUUCUUCUAGGCUCCAACUUCUCCUCAUUAUGCUGUAUUGGAUUAAGAAGUUAGAAAAUGGAUGGGUGGUAUUUAGAUUUUUUCCAAGACAAUUCCUAGACAUUUCAAGCAUGUACUGGAAUUUGAUGUUGAGCCGUCAUGUGCUCUCAGCACUGCCUUGCACUUUCUGCUUCUGUGACAGGCUUCCUAUAACACCCUGCUCUUGACAAAUUAAAUGGUGUGGCAUGGGAUACCACCAGAAGGAUAGGAGCAUGACAAAGACAAUGAAAGUCAGACUAAAAGUCAGUCUAUCCUAUUGUACAGUCUGCCUCCUAUGUUAUAACAGACUGUACAAUAGGAUAGACUGACUUUUAGUGACUGGUGUCAACAUGACUUGAGGAAAGAGGGCCUUUAAGAAUUAGAACUUGCUCUUCUCUGUGCUGCUUUCUUUGAUGUACUGAAUUCAUCUGCAUUUUACUGGUGCUUGUUUUCUGCAAAACUGUAAAGUCAAUAAAUCAUUUUAUUUUUAUUCCUAUUA